AGAUUGAAACGAGUCAAGUCGCACCAAUUUUUGUCAACGAAGUAAGAUCAAUGGAUAAACUUACCGGAAAACUCGUUCAUAUGCUGUCUGUGGCGUCUGUUUUUCUAAGCAAGAACCUAAUUUUCUAUGGAUUUAUAAUUGGACUGUUGAUCACAAUUUUUAUUCGGCUUUAUGUUUCUAAACGCUUUCAACGUUUGACAAUUGUAAUCUGGAGGAACCUAUUCAAUCAUGAGGAUGAACAUGAGGACGAAGAUGAAAACCCCGACGAUGAAGGAUUCUUAGAGGAUGAUUAUCUGUUCAGGGACCUGAAUCCGGAGCAGAGUGUUGAGCUGCACCGUCGUCGACGCUUUGAGGCAGCAGCUGAGGCCAUGAAAAACGAGGCUCAUAAGGAAUUAAUUGAAGGAUCCAAAAAGAGUCCCCAACUAAGGCGAAGGGAAACCAUCAAUUAAACGCAGAACAGUACUAAAUACUAAGAAACUUAACCAGUUAAUAUUCCUGUUUCAAGAAAUGCUAAAAAUAGGACACACUUGGACUUCCGUUCCAGGACCAAAUGUCCAAACGAAAUCAACUAAAUACAGUU